CAGUCUUGCGAUCCAUCUUAAACUUGACAUCUACAGAGCAUGCCUGCGUGAACUGCAAUGUUGAGAAGCUCCUUUGCUUCUGAAGCUAUUCGCUAUGGGGAUGCAAGGCCCGCUUAUGGCUCAGGCCUUGGGCCGUUCGCCAUAUGAUGAUGUGGUUCCGGGUGAGGGUGAGGAUGACUCGCGGGCUCCAAACCAGCAAUACGACCAUGGCGGGCGUCCAAUCAAUCCUGAUACCAUGAGAAUCAACAGAGACAUCAUCAGAUCGCACAAUCAGGUGAUGUUCAUCAUCGGCAUCGCAGAGCCUGAAAACCCAGGCCCUGAAGUAGACUCGCAGAGACGACACGGUGCGUAUGAAGAAGCUAUCGGCCUUAGAUUGGCAUCGUCGGCCAAACGCUGCGUGGAAGCGGUUGGAGUUUUUGGCAUCAACGGUCUUAGAGACCGGAUUCUGAUCUAUAAACGAUACUCCAAGAUCCCCUUUUGGGAGCUCUAUCAGCAGGCACGGCGUGAUUUCUCAUUUUCUAGAGACAUCUUCCCUGGCGCUCCUGCAAACCUCCUGUCAAACUACAUUGAGUUUUCGGUCGCCCGGCUGUGGCUUGGCGAACAAGAAAAGCUCACUGCUAGGCGUUUUAUUCACGAGGUCUGGUCAUACAUUCGCGUUCACCUAGAGCUACAUAUUUCAUUGCAGAGGCUUGGCCUUAUACCGAGCCACCAAUGGCUGCCCAGCCCGUCCUUUUUCAUCCCCUUUACAGAAGCGUCGCCAAUUGUUGCUCCACCUCCUCUCGAAGGCUUUGGAGUCUCUUCGAUUUUGCAAUGGCUGGGAGGCCUCCUUAUAUGUAAUACCCCGUUCCUCGUCUUUAUCAUGACUCAAAGAAUGGUUCGCGACUGGAAGCCACAUAUAUGGGCUGAGACUUUCAAGCGCCUACCAAGCACCGUCUUUCAUGGCAAACCAAUUCCUCAAUCCCCGCCAUCGAUGUCACAGUCUUUUGUAAACGAGGCUCCCAGCGAGAUCCAUUCUAAUGAAGGGGGGACGCCUGUUGCGCCUGUGGAAAGCCAAUUGCCAGCCGACACGGGCGGUGCGGAUGCAGUGCGUAGGCCAAGCAUAAUCUCGGCCAGAGGUGAUGAUUAUGGGAGCGAUGAGGAGGACAAUGAUGGAAUAAGGGCCACUCUUAUAAGCUUUGACGUGGAAGCAACCGAAUCCACCGAUGCACCUCAGGGCUUAUGGAGCGCUGAGUUACGGCCUAGUGUUGCUAAUACCGACUCGAGAGGCUCUAUUAGUUCUCAACCUGUAUACCUGGACACGCUGCUCACACAGAUCCCGGCACUUCUGGCGUCGCACAUGCUUUCUAACUCGAUAACGCGGCUACUCAUGACACCGUAUGAUGCAACAGCCCUGCGCCUCGUGGCGCGGGCGUACUGUUUGCGAAACGGGCUGCCAUGCGAGGACAUAUACCAGACGAACCUACUGAGUGGCCUUUCUUGGACAUCGACUAUGAACUAUUUGUGGACCGAGUUUAUUCACCUUCUUCUUAAUACAGAAAUUUGGGCAGUUUUCACUGGUUUUUCCCAAUGGUACCACUUUUCAGAGGAGGAGUGGGCUGCUGAAGAAUCUAAGACAUAGAAGCAUGCAGCUCAGUGCUCUUGCAGCUUCAAUCUACAACGUCGUGUAGCUUGCAGGCAUAAAUGUCGCUUGGACUAUCGCUGGAUAAUCUCAGAGAUAGAGGCAGAUUCGGACCGACGAAGUGAGAUCAGAUUCGAGACCCCAGUUUCUCCACGCGUGUUCCAUGCCGCGGCCAAUGAAUCCUAGACCACAUAUUACGAACAAAUAUCGGCAACAGUGAUCCGAAGGUCACUUUAUCCAGGCAGCCAUGGGGAAGUGGCAGGGAGGACAUGUGGCAAAGCGGGGCCAAAUUGCUUAAAUGCACUUUGCCGAAUCCUAUACAUGGACUUUGACGUGCCAAGCAAGAAUCAUUGGAUGGGAUGGACGGAACAUGAAACGUGGCGUUCAAUAAGUCUUUUUUGUCAUUUUUCUGGAGCUUUGGAGUUCAAGGAUUAAUCAUUGGCUCGGGGUACCGUGUCUUCCUUUUCAUGCCACGCCUCUGCUCAUGGUAUAAUAGUUAUCUUACAAGUAACUAGAUAACGUAUCUUAUCAAGUUCUUUCAUGUUGUA